AUGGAAACACCGCGGCCGCGCGCGCCUGGCGCUGGCUGCUCCUACACUGAGCGAGGCUUGUUAGCGCACCCGCGCAGGAGCGCAGCGGAGGACACAGAAGCCGGGCUGGGGGCAUCUGCCGCGACCCCCCCAUUCUGGCCGCGCACUUCAGCGCUCGGCCAGCACCUGCGGCCUGGGUGCUGUUUCUCCACGGUGAUCAGUUGCUGGCCGCUGCCGAAUUUGAUUGCCCGCUCUCUGGGACCCACGCGUGUGGGAGACCAGCGUGGGAUACUGUCCCAGGCCGGCCGGGAACAGCGAGUCCAGGCUGAGGGAAUGUCCUGGCUGAAGCUUUGGAACCUCGCGAUAGGCUCUAAGCUGACCUCAAUGACCAUGAGCCACGCUGGAGGGUCCAGAGGCUGGGGUGAGCAGAGCAGCCACGUCCCAUCCCUGGUACACCUGGACUUGAAGAACAGUGACUUCCCCCUGCAUGGUGCUCAGCAGCCCAGUCAGCAGUCUCCUCCAGGAGGAAGUUCCUCGGGGCUGGCUAUGAAGGGCGCGCUGAUGGAUAUUAUCCAACUGGCUACCCUGGACUCAGAUCCCUGGGUCCUCAUGGUUGCUGACAUUCUGAAAUCCUUUCCUGACAUGGGCUCACUGAAUCUAGACCUCGAGGAGCAGAACCCCAAUGUUCAAGACAUCUUAGGAGAACUUAGAGAAAAAGUGGGCGAGUGCGAGGCAUCUGCCAUGCUGCCACUGGAGUGCCAGUACCUGAACAAGAAUGCCCUGACCACCCUUGCUGGACCCCUCACCCCACCGGUGAAGCAUUUUCAGCUGAAGCGGAAACCCAAGAGCGCCACUCUGAGGGCGGAGCUGCUGCAGAAGUCCACCGAGACAGCCCAGCAGCUGAAGAGAAGUGCCGGGGUGCCAUUCCAUGCCAAGGGCCGGGGGCUGCUCCGCAAGAUGGACACUACAACCCCUCUCAAAGGCAUCCCGAAGCAAGCCCCCUUCAGAAGUCCCACCAAGCCCAGUGUCUUCAGCCCCUCCGGGAACCGGACCCCAAUACCACCUUCAAGGACACCAUUGCAGAAAGAAAGGGGUGUGAAGCUGCUGGAUAUUUCUGAGCUGAAUACGGUUGGUGCUGGCCGAGAGGCAAAGAGGAGGAGGAAGACUUUGGACACAGAAGUGGUGGAAAAGCCUACCAAGGAAGAGACAGUUGUUGAAAAUGCCACCCCUGACUAUGCUGCUGGCCUGGUGUCCACACAGAAACUUGGGUCUUUGAAUAGCGAGCCAGCACUUCCCUCCACAAGUUACCUGCCCUCUACCCCCAGUGUGGUACCGGCCUCAUCUUAUAUCCCCAGCUCUGAGACACCCCCAGCGCCUCCUUCCCGGGAAGCCAGCCGACCACCUGAGGAGCCCAGUGCCCCAAGCCCUACACUACCAGCUCAGUUUAAACAAAGGGUGCCUAUGUAUAACAGUGGCCUGAGCCCAGCUACGCCAGCACCUGCAGCACCUACCUCACCUCUGACACCUACUACUCCCCCGGCUGCCACUCCCACUGCUCAGACACCCCCAGUGGCCAUGGUGGCCCCACAGACCCAGGCACCUGCCCCUGUUCAGCAGCAACCCAAGAAGAACCUUUCCCUCACGAGAGAACAGAUGUUUGCUGCCCGAGAGAUGUUCAAGACAGCAAACAAGGUCACUCGGCCAGAGAAGGCCCUCAUCCUGGGCUUCAUGGCUGGCUCUCGAGAGAACCCAUGCCCGGAGCAGGGGGAUGUGAUCCAGAUCAAGCUCAGCGAGCACACAGAGGAUCUGCCCAAGGCAGACGGCCAGGGCAGUACCACCAUGCUAGUGGACACAGUGUUCGAGAUGAACUACGCCACGGGCCAGUGGACGCGCUUCAAGAAGUACAAGCCCAUGACCAAUGUGUCCUAAGUGCCAUCUCUGCUACUGACCUCAUCAGGCCCGAAGACAAGUUUUGCUGGCUAUGCUAUGUGACCCGAGCAAAUGCCCAAGGAUGUACUCCACCCAGCACCUGCCAUGCACAGGCUGCUGGGCCACAGGCUGUUUUAAGUUUUAGAUUAUUUCUCUGGGGGAUGUAGACUUCUUUUUUUUAAUUAUUAUAAUGGGUUAGUUUUUGUGUGAUUAAGAUACUUUUUUUUUUUUAGAUUCAGUAUUAAUAUUCUAAUGCGAAACCAAAAAAGUUCAUUUUAGUGCCUGUUAAGACUUUUACCUUUAUUUUUUCUUGUACAAACCUGCACUAGCUGAGAUGACUUUCUUUGCUUGUUCAUGCCCUCCCUCAUGAGGCCGAGGGGACCAAAGGUGACACCUGGCAGGCUAGGCUGUGAGGGGGCUAUGACCAGUCUCAGUGCCACUGCCUGCCAGGGAUUUGUAUGUUUUUUGUGCAGUUGUAAACAUUUCAAACCUGUCUCUGGGUACCUAUUUUCAUUGUAAAAUGAUAUGAGCAUUAAAGUUUAGUUUUUCUACAGAAAG